CGCCGCGGGCCGCGCCCCCGCGGGCCUCCCGAUGCUGUGGUCCGCCGCGCCGGCCGCGGUGGCCGCCGCGGCCGCGGCGGUGCCACCGCCGGCCGCCGGCGCCUGCGCCGGGUAUGGGCUGUCGACGAGCAGGCGGGACGAGGCCAAGCAGAGGGAGCACUUCGAGUGGUGCCUCGGCUUGCAGAGGCGGCGGGAGGAGCUGCUGGACAGCAGGACGGAGGAGCUCCGCGCGACCCUGCGCAUGGAGGCGCGGCAGCGCGGGGCGGCAGCGGACGCGCGGCUGGAGGCCCAGCUGCUGCAGAUCAAGAUGGACGUGAUGGGCCAAUGCCCCGAACCCCCUCGAGCGACGAG